CCUUGUUCUCCUGAAUGACUAAAAAGUGAUUUUUGACUUCACUAAAACUCCUUUUUCUUCAAGAUGCGAUGUUUUUCAGGGUUGCACUUUGCGGAUACGCGCUGCCCUAUAUGCCAGGGGUUGUAGUGGUUGAGAUGACCUACAUGUAGUCCCGAGUGCCACCCCAGCGCCCAGAUGACCCUGAUCGGCCGAGUCAAGUAUAGUAUUAGUCAUUCGUUGGAGAUUGUGUGUCUGUUCAUCAGGAUGAAUUGGGCGUACGUAAAACAGAGCGUGCGCGAGUUCAGCGCGGAGAAGGCAGUGAUAAAAUUACGGGAGAUGAGAGGCAGGAUGGGAUUACACAACUUACGCCACCUGUCGACACUAGCGCUCGUUAUAGCGCUAAGUUUAGGAUUAUAUAACCGCUGGGCCUAUAGUAACAAUGUCGCGCUUCUAACUCUAGCUGUGCUCGGGCUGUUUGUGUUUAUGUCGUCAUGUGUCUGUUCUUAUUACUUCUCGAUGGAAGUUGUUGGAACCGCAUUAAUCCGAUUAUGGGGCGGAUGUUUUCUCGGUUUGAUAUCUUUCUCUGAGAGUUCAAUUUUCAAAGAUGAACCGUCGGAGAAAGCAAUGAAUGGAAUGUUCAUCGCAAGCAUUGUUUUAAAAUUCAUCUGGAAUAUACUCGAGAUAUUUGUCUACCCCAGACCCAGUCUCCCCACAAUGCUCCGGCUCCCCGAGUUUCUCGAAUUAUGUGGAAUGAUGAUUGCGUGUUUCACCAUGGCCUCAAGUGACUCUGGUCCUCUUCUCUUACUGACUGUCUCAUUCAUGUUAACUAUCGUUGCCAUAAGAUUAAAAUCGAUGUUCGGGAUCCUUAACCUGAUCUUCCUUUCCAUAAUAACCGGAGUGUUAUUUUUUCCUGCGUUGAGAAUCCAACUAGACGUAAACCCAUUUGGUUUAGUCUGCUUUGCGCUAAGAAUGCUAAUCAAGCCGCUAUGCGAGUGGUACUUCUGUCCAUUGUCCGUUCUAGAACGUUGGCAAAGCUUCCUGUUACGUUCAGUACUCGUGCGCCACCUAUCUGUAAUAACUGUAACAUUAACGGAACUGGGAUAUUUCACGAUCUGUGCCAUAUUUAUACCGACGCAUAAAGAAUGGUAUAUCGUUGUUCCGAUAUUUGCUGCGUGUGGCGUUGUCUGGUUGUGUUGUCACUCCGUCUUCAUCGUUACGUUAUGGCAGUUGAUGAAGAAAGUGACAGUUUGUAACAUGACGUUUCAUUAUGCAACCGACGAGAGUAAAAACAUGACUCGCAUCAUGGCGUCAAAGGGAGUGCGGCAUUUCAGUUUGAUAUCACAACGUUUGACCUGGGUGACCUUGUUGACGACGGCACUCAUCGGCAUUGUGACGUGGGAGACGCGGACGGUGUUGUCUCUGAGUAUGCUGCUGGUGAUCGUACCAAUAGAGGGCAUGGUGCUCAGUCUGCUGCUGGAGAUGGCGUCGGUUCUUGGCGGGCGGAGCAUUGGGUAUGCGAUGGUGGCUCCAGCGUUAUAUCACAGAGCGGACGGCCAGGCGACCCUCGUAUCCCAAAACAUGAUCCAAGAGUCAGCCCAGCGUUCCAUGUACGUCAUCAGCAUCCUGGAGAAAUUCUUUAGCCAUCACAUGGUCCAUAUCUUUGGCUGCGACUAUUCAUCAAGCGGACUGACCCUCGAGAGCGUCCAGACAAAACUGAAGGCAUUCUUUGAGAAGAAUACGGAAGAUGGGCCACGAUAUGAUACCUAUAUUGUUUAUUACAGCGGCCAUACUCAUGAUAAUGGAGACUGGGCAUUGUCAGGCAAUGCUAUUCUUCAGCUGGAUCAACUCUUGGAGAUGUGGAGGGAGAAAAAUGGUGCUACCGGGGCACGACUCGUACUCAUCUUAGACACGGAACAUUCUUACAAAUGGCUGCGGAGCGUUACGAAAAACCGGAAAGACAUCGUCGCGUUACAAACAUGCCGAUUAUCAAAAUCAUCAAGCAUGGACCCAGAAGAAUGGGCCCAGAUUCGAAUGGGUGAUUUCUCCCGUGAUUGGGUUGUUUAUAAUUGUUCGUCACCUGGAUCCACGGACGAGGAGUUCAAGUGGUCAAGCAAGGAGCGGGUGUUACAACCCGAAUAUGGUGUUUCACGACAUUGGACUGAUUUUACGUUCCAUCUUCCAACAGAGCAGGACAUUACACAGCAUUGGGAUAGUAACUUUCCAAGAAUAACUCGCCCGCUUGUUCGCUGUAUAAGUUGUACUUGUAUCGAUAGUAGCUCCCUCUGUUGUUGUGAUUGUGUAUUAAGGUGUCUGCGACGCAAGAAGAUGAGUUGGUUCCCGCCGAAGGAGCUCGACACAGGUCAUGGGUUCAAACUGAUCAGGUCGUAAUGAUUCAUUAGAAAGAACAGUGGCACAAGAAUCAAAAGGACUUUUUGAAUUUUGAAUGUCUCCCUGGAUUCUCCCUUCCGCAGUAUGUCCUCGGCAAAGAUUUCCCAAGCAUAUACGUGGCGGGGAGAGCCCUAAGUAUGUAGGUCAUGUAUUCAUGUCUCCCUUCUUAUUCUAUUUUGCUACAUUUUAGUGUGACGUAGGCCUAUGCCUUGCUCAUACUGACGGUACAUGUAUUUUUGUAUUUCUUUAAAGGUCAUGGUGCUUCUUUCAGUUUAUGUGUGGUAUUUAAUGUUUCUAUUUCAAAACAAAAUCGGCGACAGUUUCCCGAUGUGUACUGACCAGAAAUAAUCUUUGGCAAAUAUACUUACGAACAACCUGAACAUGACGCUAAUUUCAGAUAAUUUAUUUCUUAAGAAUAUAUAUUUUGCAUGAUUCUAAAUUAUGGUAGAGACAUUGUUUGCAUAAUUAUGAAUGCAUUGUCGGUGUAUGGAGUUACUAUAAAACAUUUCUGCAAAAAAUGAAUGUACAUUGUUAUGAAUUUGAUUUUUUACUUGUAUUUGAAUCAUACAGGUACUCUCAUGUACUUUGUAUAAGAGACUUCCAGCCAUCGGCUCUGGAGAGUUCUGUUGUGGUCAACAUACUCUGCCCCAUCACUGAAGUUAAGCAACUUUGAGAGAGGUUAAUUGGUGGAUGGGUGACCAAGGGGCAAUGUUCUGCAAUAUGUUUAUAUUGUGCCAUUUUGACGAGUCUGAAGAUUUUUGCAUGAGGUUUAAUCUUGGUCAUGACGGAAUGGCUGUAGAAAUACUGUCAAAAGUUCUCCAAGUUGUCCUUUGCAAUGAUGAAAUAGUUGACAGCUUUGAGAUUCAGUGGUUUGAUUAUGUUCAUUUCUUAUUGUUGAUAAGAUAAAGUGAUACAAUUAUAGCCCUAGUAGAAUUAUAGCUUCUGUGUGCAUUCAUGUGUAUUGCCAACUGUUUUCUAGACUUGGGGCUAUAACUGUACCAAUUUACCUUACAGAACACCAAACCGUAAGACUAGGGCUGACCAUUGUUUUUCAGCUCACAGUUGAGUCAGAUCCUUUUACAGUAGCUGGGUAGCCUGCCUGAGAAGUCAAGAGAAACUUCAGCAAACAGUCCCGUCUUCAGUACCAUUUGUACUUUUCAUUUGUACUUUCAAUGAAUUUAAUAUCAAAUGUACAUGUAGUUUAUUCAUGUCAUCAAAGCACUUGUAACAGCAAAUUUAGUUGCAACUACAUGUAUUUACAUAUUUCAUUAGGGAAAUGUGUUUCGUUUAAAAAGUUUUUUGAGCAAUCAAUCAAUGAUAUGUCGUGCUCGUCGUCCUAUAUGGGCUUUUGAAUGACCAUUACUGUAAACUCCACUCUGAGCCACGCCAGUACGAAUCAAAUGAUUGUGGAUAUUCAAAACACAAGUGAGCUUGCAUUCAUUGACAGCUUCUUGAUUCUUUCUGUACUUUGCCUUUGAAUGUUUUACAUGUAGGCUCUCCGAAAGAUGGAUAUUCUUCCAAAGUAAUUUAUUGAACGUAUUGUGUAUACAAUGUAUCGAUAUAUCAGAAAUAUAUCGAUGUAUUGAGUUCUGUCUUAGUCUCCCUCAGAGUAUGUUUUGUAUUGCGCUGUCUAUGUUGUAGAAAACUGUUUUAUGAUUUAAAGAUAUUUGAGAAUAGAAUGAUCAAUCAAUGUU